AUGCAUUAUUUCUUGACUACUGAUUAUUUCCAUUGUUCAAGAACUACUAUGAGUUUAAAUUUAACGGAUGAUGAACUAGUGGACAUGACAACAGCUGAUCUUCGAUUGCUGCUAGAAAAAAAACGUUUAACAAUUGAGGAACACAAAGAACUUCGUAGUCGGAGACGUCGUUUGCAAAAUCGAAAAUACGCACGCAAAUGUGCUAGCAAAAAGCAGUCCGAAGUGGAAAACUUAGCCACCCAGGUGAAGGAAGAGGUCGUUGAAAUCCAGGCUCUGAGAACUCAGUUAUCACGAACCAACUUGGCGACAAAACACUUGGAACACCAAUUACGCCGCAUAAUGGAAUUCAAGGAAAAGUGUCUCAAUAAUGAAAGUAAUGGAUUUCAGAUAAAGACAGUCCGCAUGUUGAAUUCUAACGGUCAACCUACUGGAUUUGCUUACAUUAAUUCGACGUUCUCUUCUAAUUUUAUGGGACCUAAGAUUCAUGAAGUUGUUCAUCCAACAGAUAAAAAUUGCGAUGUCAUAGAAAUUGCAACUUGUUCAAAGUAUAACCCUCUAUCUUCAGGUUCCCGUAAGUACAAAUUCAGCCUAGAAGAACACCCUUCCAACGUUUAUCCACGUCAAACACCUACGGUUUCGCAAUUUUCUUCAGGCCUUGGCUUCCCUGGUACAGGUUCACCUGUACGUUUUUCAUGUAACCCUCCUUGUCACUUCAAAAAUCAUCUUCAAAUGCGUCUGGUUAGGCCAGUCGGUGGAGGCUUCGCAUCACACGGCAGAGGCAUGUCUGAAUAUUAA